GUGGAAUUUGCUGCCAAGGAGUGUGGUGGAGUCUCCUUCUUUGGAGGUCUUUAAGCAGAGGCUUGACAACCAUAUGUCAGGAGUGCUCUGAUGGUGUUUCCUGCUUGGCAGGGGGUUGGACUCGAUGGCCCUUGUGGUCUCUUCCAACUCUAUGAUUCUAGGAUUCUAUUCUAUGAUUCUUAACGGCCAAAAGUUGUGAUAUUUUGCUAUAGGGAAGGCAAAACCUCUAGACUGGCCAAUUUGUCUACAAGCAAAUACCUUCCUGGCUCCAAAUACAACAAGCAUAGCAAGAUCAGGAGGCACAAAGAAAAACUGGUUAGACAGAAUAAAACCUGUCUUCCUCUACUCUGGAAGGUUCAAGCUGGGGAGGUGGUCUCCACCAUUCCUCCUCUGUCCAGUCCUUGACAAUACUAGUCUGUUAUUCCUUGGAUGCAGCAUGUCAGGUGAAACAACCAAUCACUUUCUCAUGAUAAUUUCCACCAUGUCUAACAUCUUGGGUAGUUAUAAUGAAGCACGUAAAAGUAAAGUGGUACCCACUUAAGAGUGAAACGAGGAUCAGACAGACACAGCUUGUAGAGAAAAAGGUGAGGUUUUAUUGCUGAGCAAUAAGGACCCAGUUGGAAUCUUUUCCAAAAGGACUGGGACCCAGAGAGAUACAGGUCCUGAGGUUAUAUACCUGAGCAAAUCACAGAUCAUGAGACAAUCAUGAAACAGUCACGAACGCCAGCGAAAAAUAGCCAAUUAGCGUGCUUCUUGCCAUGCUCCUGAUCUUACGCAGAGUUUUACUCCUAACUUCUGCUUUCCAUUGUGUGUACAAUGAUGCACAAUGAUGUACAGCCUGACCUUUUCCCUACUUCUGACAGAACAGGGAAAUAAGGCUUAGGGAGGGAAUCUCCUGGUGCUACCUCCCCCUUACGCAUCUGCUCUGUAGGGAUUUUUGUGGUUAGGCCCUUCCUGUUUUGUGGACCAUUUUAGCCUGUAGUUGAGGGGGAUAUUUGUACCAGCGCCUUGUGAUUCAUGGCUUCCCCUUUCCUAUAGGGUACAGGAUGUUACUAGGUGAAAGGUUGGUUCUGGACUUGCGGUUCCAAGCAGUUUGCAGUUAGCUAAGGCAAAAAGCUUUCUUGAUUCAAAAUGGAUUAUAAAAAUACUGUAAGCCCUGAUUAUGUGUGAGCAUAUGUGAAUAUAUUGAUUACUGAUAACUGAUUAUAUGAAUAGCAUAAGGGUGGCCCCCCUUUCCUUGCUUUAAUGGUACUCGUCAAAGAGCUUUUUUAUUCUUCAAAAGGAUUGCUAUUUUAAAAAAUAAGUUUUUAUUAAAGAUUUUAUCAGGUUACGAAAGUGCAUAUAUGUUGACAGGUUGCUUAUGCUGUUCAUUGUGUCAUCCAAACAUACAAUGUCUUCUGCAUGCAUGUCAGUCUCACUGCAUGGUUAUUCUUGUGACCAUCCAUUACAUUACUCCUGCUACUGAAACAUCUGCAAUUUUGUCUAUUCAAUGCAUAAACCAUGCAAUCCUGGUCCUGAAACCAUGCACUAGUGGAGGCCAAAAAAAGUGCAUAUUUUGUGUAAUACACCUACUCUAAUUAUGCUGAUAUAUUUGAAUUUGUCCGGGUGCUCCCAUGAUAUCUUCAGACUUUGGGCUCCCACCAGCUUGCAGAAUCCCCUUGCUAGCUGGUUCUCAACUUAUAUACCUGAUUGUUGUGAGGGUAAGUUGAAGAGGGAGAGAACCCUUAACUCCUUGGGAGGAAUGCUAAAGGCUAACACAAAUGAGUACAUAGCAGAAAAUUAGUAGGCGAGCCCUUACCCCCAACUGAGGUGGCAAAUCCUCUAUACAUAAUCUCACUGAAUAUUAUUGUUAAUUGCAAUGGGAUACACUUCUGAGUAAACAUGCAUAGGAUUGGGCACAGAUAGGGAAGCUUCAAAAGCAGUGAAGUUGUGGGAAGAGGGCGAAGGAAAAAUAACAAAAGAAGCAAAACCCAGUAAUCUCUGGGGACACCAGCGGCAUAGCUAGCUGCUAGGGAGCAAGGCAAGCCACCUGUGGGGCAGGGCGCACUACUGAGCAUAGCACAGCAGCUUGAGCAGCAGGGCCAGCCCCAUGCUGCUUUUUCUGGCUAUACAGUACUUGCAGGUGUCCAAGCUAGUGCAUCACUCCCAGGGGAGACACCAUGGCUCAGAUGUGCUACAGGGCCAGCACGUCCCAGUUGCGUCCUUCUUAGCCGCCCUCAGCAGCCGAGUGCCCUGCAAGCACAGCCCCAGGCUGCACUGCUUUGGGGAGUGGCGCACCGUGCUCUGGGGCGUCCUGGACUUGGGCGUCACUUUGGGCUCCGGCAUGUUGCCCCCAACGUAAAUGCCACCCGAUGCGCCCCCCCCCCCAGCUACACGACUGGGUGACACCAAAUCAUAAACCCAUAUCCCCAUAUCCUAAACACAUCAUAUUUCCUCCCUCCUUACCACUCAGGACAGUCCAUCCCAGUUUUUCUACCUGCUGUUUCCAAUCCUUUCCAAUUCAUGCCACUAGCAGGAGUGCUGCUUUUACAAGGAAUUAGUUCUUUAUAACAAAGGUCAAAUUACCCUUCUUUAAAAAUGGUUAACGAUUCCAUACUUCCAGAUUUUGUAUUUGUGAUGCCUCAUCGACGUUUUAUGCAAUAUUAAGGCCCUAUCUGGAAACACCAUAACACUCCCCAUGAUGCUAGACCCCUACAUUUACUACAGACAAACCAAAAAUUUACAUGACUGAAGAAAUAUUUGAAAGGCGAAAGGCAUGGAAAUAGAACGUAAAUAAUCUGUGUUAAGGACAAGAAUGAAACAGUUGGGAUGUGUUGGGGAAGCUAAGCACUAUAAGAAGCGAGGAAAUAGAAAGGAUUCCAGACUGCUUUUUCAAACGGUUGUUGUGGAAAAUCUUAAAAAUCAAUAUCUUAACACCAUCCCUUCUGAGUUCUCAACAGUAUCUAACCCUCAGACAGAAUAGAGGGGUUGCUUUUUGAGGUGACUUCGCUUUGCUCCUUCAAGAGCCUGUCUUGUCAAGCCACUGUUCAUAUUUUCAGCAGGCUUUUUGACUGGAUGCAGGCCCUCAUCUCUUAGGCCUCCUCAGCUGAGGAAAUUGCACAGGUUCUGUAAAUGGAUGUUAGUUCAGGCCUGUGAGACAAAAUAUGGGAAACGGCUGGGGUAGGCAUCCAAAUCACUGGGAUUUUUAAUUUGGAGGAGGCAUAUUUUCUAAAGAGCCCCCCCCCCCCCAAUGCCUAACCAAGUGCCUCAGUUCCUGGCUGCUUUUUUCCUUUCUAUGAGGCAGCUCUUCUAUAAUUAUGAUUUCUGUUGUUAAUCUGUUUUGCCAUUAUUGUUUUCUAAACCCAGUGAGAAGCCUAUUUUUGGACUAAGAAGGCAGCGUACAACUUUGAUCUGACAACAGAAUUGUGGUGUGUGUUUGUAAAUAAUAGUCAAAAAUUGAAACACCCCCACCCCCCAUGAGGCAAUGCAGUUGCACUUGUGAAAUAAUUGUUCAAACAAACAGUUGCACUGAAGACCUGCUGUACGUAUUUGGGCACGCUGCCGUUGUGCUCUUUUCUUCAAACUGAAUUUGGGCCUUGAUCCUACAAUUUGAACAUCACAAAGGGUAUUCACAGAGUUUGGUAGUACCUUACACAGAAUUUCUGCCAUGACAGACUUUUGAACAAAAUAGGGUGGGAAGAGGAGAGAGAAGUGACUUUCUGGGGGGGGGGGUGGCUUACAUGGACAACAAUAACUUUUAUUACCUCCUUGUUUGUACUUGAAGUCUCUCAAAAUUAUAACAAGUUGGCUAAACAAAAAUGACGUGACCCUUAACAAGAAAAACAUUUGAGAAGGUUUUAAGAGAAUUUUAAAGAUUGCUGUGGUUACGUAAAUUGUUUGUGUUAGAGAACACCAAAAUAAAGUUCUGUAAUAGUAGCUUGUUGACUUAAUACACAUUUCAAAAUGAUACUUUCAUUUCAUUUUCUUAUAGAAAAUAGCAUCAAAAGGAGAGUACGGCAAGUGAGCACUGAGGCAUAAUUUAAUGCAAAUCAAUCAAGUAUAGUUUUCUGUUUUAUUCAUGCUGUCAAAAUAUUAUACAUAAAUUUUGUCAUGUGCCAGGUGACCUACAGUUAGUUAUUAGCUUGCUCAUUCUUAGAUUAAAAAUAGGUGGAUUUGACAUCUAAUGUACAGUAGAACCUAAUAGUUCUCUUUCACUAGAUGUUUUCCUUUUACUUCUUAACAGCACAGUCCAUUAUUUCCAAAAUUCUCCCAUUCAAAAUCCUCUUUAAUUUUCAAUCCAUGUAUCUCCGAAUUUGAACAUUUUAAAACAGGAAUUUCAAGGCUGAUCAUAUGGCUUAAGGUAUUUCCCCACAGCUGUCUUCAUAGCAAACAUCCCAUUAUGUCAUAGAAAGGCAGAACAUAUUUCCUUGAGAACAUUGACAAAUUAAUCUUAGUUGCUGUCCCCUUAAAACAGGCAUACUCAAACAAAUGUAUCCAGCCACUGAAUUUUAAAAGUUCACCACUAUAUGGAUAAAUCUGCUUUUUCCUGAUAUUAUUCCAUCCUGUUCUCAUCAAUAUUUUCCAGUGUUCCAAACUUCAGUUUUAGCUCCACAAACUUCCAGCUUUCCUCAGUUCUGUAAUCAUUUUAUUUCUUUAAUCCAAAGGGGAUAGGUAUCGAAACCUUACAGGCAAAUUACAACGUAUGUCUCUAACUUUGGGAUUGUUGAAAUAUAUGCAAAAAAAUUAGUCAGUUUGAGUUGUGCAACUCAAACUGGGUCUACUAGUCUCAAAUUUUUUAAGUAAUGUGGACUAAAGCCACUUCUGUGGCCCCUCCAGUAUUAGGAUGGACAGGCUUCAUCGGACCAUUGCCUAAAUCUUAUGAUCGUGUUGAUUUUGCUAGGUUCCCCCAUUUUGUGGUUUCCUCUCAAGUGACUGUAGCCUAGAAGAUGGCGACAGGCAGCAGUUACAGCCAUGGGUGGGUCAGUUGUUUGUUUGUUUUUUAAAAAAUAUUUCUUAUUGAGUUUUCUAACAACAUGUCUUUAACCAUUUUUCAUAUUUCCACCCUCCUCCCCUCGACUUCCCCCACACUCCCGUUUUGUUUUAUUUCCAUAUUGUUCACCCUGCGUAUUGUUUCCCCAAAAUUGGGUGGGUCAGUUGUGAUCCAGCUUCAUGCUCUGAAGUAGAGCAACCACUGCCAGGCCAAAUUCCCGAAACAGAACAGUCACGGGAUGCUGCUUCCUGCCUUAACGCUGCAGAAUGGAUGCUGAAACGUUAUGGCACAUUCAUACCUGGAACAUCAGGCAGUUCCUCAGGCUCUUGGAAGGUAAGCUUAAUUUAGCUGAGCCUAUAUGGAGGACCCUGUAUGUCAAUAAAAUAUGCCAUCCAUGCAUGGUAGUCUCCAUGUAUUUCAUUCUCCAAAAGGACACAGAGACUGUGUGAUUGGAACUCCAUGGGCUUUUGCCACUGCUCGGCCGAGAGAGGGGCACUGGGCAGGUACCAGACUUUUGUAACAAUAUACUGUCUGCCCCUGAGCAUUGACCUUGAGUCUCAGAGACUUAACAUAAGUAAACAAUAGCUGCAGUAUGUGUUUUUGAGAAAUCUAGAAAGUUCAAGAAAAUUCUGCACCUAUAAAACUUCAACCUUGUCAAUGGAUUCUUAGGUGAGUAGUGAGAGUGUCACUGGCUGAAGGCCUUUCCAUGCAUUGAUUUGGGUUUUGGUCUGUAUGCUUUGAUGGGAAGCGAGAUCAUCGUUGUGACUGAAAUCGAUGUUGUACCCUACUGGGCUACUGCCGGUGUCUAUAAUCUACUUUUAUUGUAGGCAGGGCUUUUUUCAUGGGGAACUCAUAGGAACUCAGUUCCAGCACCUCUCAGGUGAGCGCCAUUGCCAUUGUAAGAGAAAGAGGGAGGUGUUCAUGGUGAGUUCCGGCAACUCUUUUUCUAGAAAAAUAGCAUUGGUUGAAGGUCCUAGAUGUGCUACUGCUUAGGGCUUGAUAGGUUUACCAUCAAAUGCUAUUUGUGACCUAACCCAGAGACAUAUGAUUGGCCACAGAAAUUGGGAUGCAGAAAGUGGACCUUGGUCCUGAUACAGCAAGCUUUAUGUUCUUAAAUUAGAUUUAAACUUGUUUUUAGUUUCAGAGUUUUGAUCCUUACACCAUUCAGUGAAGUCUCUAGCAUUGAAGUGCAGGCUUCCAGCAUGAUUUUGGACCAGACUUUCAUCUCUAAGUACCUCUCAUGAUUUACGAAAGGCUGUCAGACCUAAAUAAGAGAAGCUUUCCAUUUAUUUAUUUAUUUAUUUAUUCAUUCAUUCAUUCAUUACUUGCUUCUACACACAAAAGGAAUAAAACUACUAUGGUUUUUUACAAUAGGCACCAAUAGAUUUAAGUAAUUUGUAUAUGUUGUAAAAAUAGCUGCUUUGAAGCAAAAGAUAAAUUCCUCAUACACAUUGUCUUUUUCAUUGUCGUUAUAAAUAAGGUUUUGGAAUCAAACAAGGAAUCCGGCUUCCUUGUUCUUACCAUAGUUAUUUCCGGCCAUUUCUUCAUUUCCAGAGGAAAGGAAGUAAUGGUGAGUAUUCAUUUUCAUAAGUAAUUGUGUCCCUUUAGUUUCAUAGUGUCCAUUGUAGGAAUGUUAUAUUGGUUUUACUAAGCACUGCUUAAAUGGUUUGCAAGUGUAAGAACUUUGCUAGAUGCUUUCAAAUUUGCACAAAAUGCAAAGAAAGUCAUAUGGUCCGGUUAAAAGUUCACAGUUGGGCAAUAAUUUAUUAGGACAAACCCAGUAUCACAAAACAGUGAGAAAGCUUUCAAGCACUCAGAAAGGGUGCCCAGCAGAUUAGGGGGUGCAGGAGAAAAAACAAAGUUGGCUGAGCAUUGUUGGCUGCCCACUCUCCACCUUAGAGCAGAUUUAUGCCACAAGGUGCCAUAGGAAGGCACUGGACAUAGUAAAAGAUCCAUCGCAUCCCGGUCACUGUCUCUUCGAGCUCUUGCCAUCGGGACGGAGAUACAGGACGAUGAAGACUAGAACGAGCCGUCUUAAGAACAGCUUCUUCUCCAGAGCGAUCUCGGCCCUGAAUGGGAAGCCCGGACUUUGAAAGUCAUCUAAUCUCCCUUGCUGUAUUAUACUGUAUUGAUUAAUUAGUGUUUUUAUGGAGCAGUCAAGUAAUUUCGUUGUCCCCGAAGGGGGCAAUGACAAUAAAGAUAUUAUUAUUAUUAUUAUUAUUAUUAUUAUUAUUAUUAUUAUAUUUUAGCCAUAGAGUUUGUAAUUUAGAUCCAGCUGUAAAAUAGAAUUUACAGAAAGUCUCCCCAAUGCCAUGGUCCUGAUCUGGAUGGACUAAAUGUUAGCUGGAAUACAAAAUAAAACAGAAUAAUGCCCUAGCCACCCACCCCAGGAUGCUGUAACCAUUUAAGGGCUCUGACUGCUCUGAAUACACUUUGAUCUCCAGACCCAUGCUAAUGAUAGUGAUUGCUGUGCUUGUCAGUAGUAUUAUUGUACCAUCAGUGUGCACUGUGCAUUAUCAAGUAUAAGAUAACAGGUCCCUGCCCUAAAGAGCUUACCAUCCAAAAUGUAAUAUAAAGGUGAGAAUAAACUGGGGAGGAAUAUGAAAUUAUUUAAGUCAAACAUAACUUGCAGCCUACUUUCCCCACAUGGUGCAGGAAACUCCUUGUUUGAAAUAUUUCCCUUUCCCUUUAAAAAUGAAUCCUUCAUUGAUGGCUUUGAACUCAGUAGUUUGCCAAUGAAAUAAAAAUAUUUAACAUUUAGAUGUCUUCUACGUGUGCAAAGUGGCUCACAGGCUCACCUUGCAAGCUCCUGUUUUCUCCACUGAGAAAGACAACAACACCACUGUGAUUGAACAAUAAUUCCAAAAUGGAACAAUGGAGUUUGUUUCUGCUAUUUGGGUUUUUUUCUUUCUUUUGAGGAGGGUGUUUUCUGCUAACUCCCCUCUAAUACACUUUUUAAAAAAUCCAACGUCCCUGCAGAAUAUUCCUAAUCAUUACUGUAUAUAUGCUAAUACACCUGUCAAACUGUUAAUUGUUUAUGAGCAACUUCAAGGCCCCUGCUCUUCCUUCUUAUGGUUCUUUAUCUUUAGGCUGGACUUGGAUCAGAUAGCCCUUGAAAUAGACUGUAAGACGUAUUCCUGCUUCAGAGCUUUUCUGUAGAUAAAUUGAGCCAUGUUUCUUCCCCCCCAGGAAGGUUUUUCAUUAAUUGAUGCUUCUCAAUGGCUGAAGAUAGUUAGAAAUGCAGAUUGCAUUUUGUUUGGUUCAAAAACAAAGGUAUGCUGUUUCAGGCUUCAAAAUUCUUUUCUUGGCAUGUUUUUAUAUAUAUCUCUCUUUGGUGUUCUCUGACACAGUUGUCUAGAUUACUUUCCCCUCGUUAUUCUAUACUUUAAUUAUUUUCACUUAAUAAACCUUGAAUAGUUCCAGGUAUGUGUGUGCUUCUUACACAUCUAUUUUGUUGGCAUUUUAAGAUUAUGGGCACACAAAAUCCAAUUUAAAGAAAACCCUUCUGUUUUGGGCUGUAUGUUGCCUGGUAGCCCCCUGCUUCCUUACCAUCCACAGUACCACAGAAAAUUUGACAGCUUGCACAGAUCUGGAACUACUGCAUUUCUUGCUGAAGAAUGCUAUCAGAUGCUAUAUGGAAAAAAAAAACCCUCCAUAAUUUCUGUGCUCUUUGGUUUUCUGCUGCCUGAUUAUAAAUCUACCUUCCUGACAACUUUAUGCCAAAGAAACAUGGAAAUAAUAGGAUUACAUGCUUUGGAAAAGGUUUAUAAUAGUUCAUCACAACUAUUAGAAGUGGUUUUAUUUUAUUUUAUUAAAAAUACAAUUUGGAGUUCCUAUGUGCAAUCUGGUACACUCAAGAAGAAAUCAUUUACUUAGAUGUCGUAUUUUGAUGUACUUAUUCAGGUGUCAUAUUUAUUUAUAUAUUCAAGUCCUCUUUUUUAUAUAUCUGAAGACCUUGCUAAAGAAUUGUGCCAGCUGUGAAUACUGUUGCAACAAUCACCAUUCACAAAAUACUUUGCUUCAUAAAGUUGUGUGACUGGUAAUUAUAUGUAUGGCAAAAAUGACCAGAUGAAGCAGCCUACGGUGUUUUCAAUAAAGGUCUUAAUAUAGUCACAUUAAAUACAACACUGAUUUUUAAAUAAUAAAUACCUGAAAAAGAAGCUCUGAGGUUGGAAAAAGCAAGUUACAUUUAAGUUCUAUUCAAAUAAAUGCGAUAAGUUUUAUCACUAUCCCACCCAUCAGAAUGUGAGCCAAAAAGUCUCUCCACACCCGAGAGUCUGUUGUUUCUUAUGAAAUACUGUGUUUUGAUGUGUUUUUCCUCAAACCAGCUUUGAUCCAAAUUGAAAAAAGGAUGACCUAGCUGGGAUUUAAGCAGAUAAUGCCUAUGCAGCUGUAAGGUAGACAAGAAAAAGCAGCAUUACCUGUUAAUAAAUAACACAGGCUCACAUGAGAUGCACAAUUACAAUACCUCGUUAAAUUUGAAUGGUUCGUGAAAGGCUCCUGGGGGAGUUGGGGAUUGUAGGCUCAGGCACUGGGUGCAUGCUGCCAGUACCCAACUACCACCGGAAGAGUGAAAGAUGAAUGGACACAGGACAAGGUCUUGGGUUUGAAUAGGCCACAACUUCAUUGUAACUAGGUUUUGGUAGCCCAACUGGUGAUUGAUUGUUUUUGCUGGGUCAACCUUGGAUUAAGGGUCACCUUAUGACAUACAUCAGAUCAGAGCAUUCCAUCCAGAACUUCCACUCAGGAGGCGUGCCAUGGCUAGUUAGCUCCCGUCUGGGUAUCAGGACAGGCACUGCCUCCUGGACCCCUUUAUUGGGGUACUAAAUAUUUUUAGUGGCAGGGAUGGGAUUCCCAACACUGCCCCCCCCCCCCCCGGAUCCAACCCAAUGCUUUGCCCACCACCGAAUGCACUGGGAGCUCUCCUUUAUGAAUGAUGCAGCCAUACCCACUAGCCUGCCCGUCAUUGGCCUGUUCAAACAGGCAGGCUCCCAUCCACUUGUGCAGCCACAGGAAGAUUUUGUCCCCCAACAACUGCACAGGAUGGGAAGAGGGCGCCUAGCUGAGCCACAGUUGUGCCAGGCAACAAACCACUACUCCCAGGGGUCUUAAAGUAAGUGGCCAUUGUGAGUUGUGUUGUCACUUGUGCACCAAUUCAGUAAGAUCUAAAAGAAAAGCUUUUCAUAAUAAAAAUGAGCUAUUGGUCAGAAAAAGCAAGUAUUAGAUGUGCAAGCUAUUGCUAGCUACUCCUUAGUUUUCAUUAGAAAAUGAUGGUAAUAUAUCACAACUGUAGAGGUAUGUAUAUACCUAGGUUGAUGGUUUUAGCACUACAUCUUUAAACACCUAGAACAGGCAGGCAGCAUGAAUUAAAUUAAGGAGCUGGAAAGUUAGUUUCAUUUUCUCUUUGUAGAGCAAACACCGUAUGUUUCGUGUUCAGUUUAUUGGAGACUCCAAAACACAGGCAGAGGAGAACUGCAAUAACUGUGUGCAGAAGCUUGCUGAUUAUGUUCCCGUUCAAGUAAUGGAUGCAGCAAGACAGGAAUUGCAACCAGUUCACAGCCUGCUGCUAGAUAAUGAGCGUCAGAUGAAAGAUGCUGAGCAAAAUUCACCAAUGGAGCACAUUGUAAGGUGAUGGGGUGUAUGUAGGGGGUGGAUUGACAGAAGGAACGGAAAAGUACUGCUGUCACUUUUGUGUAUUGUUUACAUUUCUUCUAUAAAAUAGGAAUACAGGGUUAGCAAAAUAGAUUGCUGCCGCCCCCACCCCUGCCUCAUGGGGUUGUCUCAGCGUGCCUAAUGUAAGGGCUGGCCCUGCAGGAAUAGCCAACUGUUGUCCCAUGGGCUUCAGCCAGGAAUGCAUGUUUGCCUAUUCUUUUGAUUACCUUUUUAUACUUUUAUUGCCCUUAGUUAUCAAAUGUCAUGGGAUUCUGAUCAUUUUCAGGUCACAUUGACACCAGCUGUUUGCUGUGAAAUACAAACAUGCUACUGGAGUGAUGCUUUAGAAGGCUCUUCUGAUUUUAGUAAUUUUUAGAGCACACAAAUUCUAAAUAUUUUGGAUCACACAAACUGGAAAAAAUGCUCAUUCCAUUUUUCUGUUAUUUUCAUUCUUUGGCAAUAUACAUUUCAUUGAAUUUAUCUUCAAUACUUUUUAGACUGUAAAUCAACCUCCAGCACAAGAAAGAGCAUCUGUAGCAGAGCUAGCACAGGUAAAUAGUUGAGCACAGGACAUAUAAUGUCUCUGACAGAGCAGAAUAAUGAAACUGAUGAUAACAACACAGACAUUCAUCUAAGGACACAUAUAAUAACAACAUACCCCCUAAUAAGUAAGGGGAAAAUCAAAACACUGGCGGCAGCCAAAAGGGCAAGAAUCACCCCUCCAUCUCCAGAACCCCCUCCUGACUGCGAGCAAGAUACCUGUCUGCCUCGCUUUGAGAACAUGGUGCACUGAAAAGAGAAAGACAACAUUAGACAUGCUCACAGAUUUUAUUAUGAUUGGCUAUGGAUGGCCAUUGCCCUGCCCUAUCUUAUGUUAAGUUAACCUGGUGCUCUCUGUAAAUGGAGCAGUGUGUGGGGGGGGAGACAAAACUGCCAGCUCAGAGGAACCAGACACCCUAGUAAAAGGCAAAAAAGAGAGCUACAUGUUCUUAUUAAUUCCCCUAGAGACAAAAGGGCUAGGCCAACUAAACCCCCUCAAAAAAACCCCAAGAAGAAGACAAUAUAAAAAAUACAAUUACAAACAAGCAAACAAUAUAAUAAGACCAUAAUGCAGAGUUUCUCUGCUCUUGUUUUCUGCAUUUUAAGCAGUUUAUUAUUUUUAAUGGCAUAUUUAGAAGACAAAAUCUUCAAUCCUGUGCAUGCUUAUUUGGAAGUAAACACUGCGGAACACAGUGAUACAGAUAUAGAUAAAGAUAUAGAUAUAUACCCAUGACCCUGAGAUUAAGAGUCUCAAGCUCCAACCACUGACCUAUCUGAUUUAAUGUUCCUGCAUAUUAAGGCAGCCCAACAUCUCUAUAACUGCAGCAAGUGCCUUAAUGUUCAAGUGAUGCAAACCCUUUAUGCACACUGUAUAUACAUGUCUAUAAUCUAUAUAAGAAUUAGCUGCAGCAGGCUAUGUAUUGCAGCCCUUAAGCACAAGAAGGGCCAAGGGGGAAGACCAACUAAGAUGUUGUGUCACAUUCAGGCGAAAGAGGAGGUGCCACAACUAAUGCUCACCGGGAGGAUGGUAAACGGCCAUUCUGAGUAAAUAGGGAAAGGAUAAUUCUGAAAGAGUACAUAAGUUGUUCCAAUGCCUUUGGAUUUCAUCAAGAGAAAGACUUAAUUAGACAGAGCAAAAUUGGUAGAAAGCAUUGUUAUUUUAUUUGUAAGCAGUUGACCAUAUCUUCUUGCUUCUGCAGUAUGUGUUGACAUCAAACAUAGAGCUUCCUCUUGCAUAUCAACACUCCCAGUGGAAUGCUGAAGAUCUAGGCAGUUUCAUUCGAUUGUGUCUCUUGGAUCAGAGCUUCCCAGCAUUUGUGCAAGAAGUGGAGAACCAGUUGAAAAAAAUUACAGAUGAGUAGGAAGCAAAGCAAUAAAUUAAAAUGUAUUACAAUGAGAUAAAUUCAAUAUAGAUAACUGAGAAAGAGUACCAUAGCUAGUGGUUUUAUUUUUAAAAAAGGUUAUCCAUUUAUUACACUUCAGAAAGUACACACAGGUUUUAGAGGUAUGCAUAAAACAACAUAACUUUAAAUUGCCAUGAAAAAAAUUGCUUUUUGUUAUUGUGGCUGAAAGGACAUUAACCCAAAAGGGUCUUUUAUAAGAAUGUAAAAUCUUAAUGGAGAAAUCCUGCCUCUACCACAGUGUCAGGGACCUGGUCCCUCAGCUUCACUUGUCUGAAGUAGCUGUGUCUUGUUUCUUUAGGUUCCUUGCUGCCGCCGGUUCCCUCGGAAGGCUUCAAAACCUCAUUGUAAAGGGGUUUAUUAGGCUUGGUCAUGAGAUGGACUGCACCACAAGAGGCAGGAUAAAAACUGGGGUUAUUAAGGGGAUUAUAUCUACAUAAGGGGCACCCACACCACAGUUAGGACCCAUCACACCAAAAAUUGAGCAAAGUCAUAUUUCAGUCAAACACCUUGUUUCAGAAUGGGUGCUGUAGAUGUAGAUGAAGAUCACCACCUCCCACACAGGAAACCUCAUGUUGAGUUGAGUGACAAUAUCUUAAGGGGUAUCAAAAUUGGCACAGGUUGGGCCUGUCACACAAAAUUUGGCAGUGUCCCUUCAGAUGCGACAGUAUCUUCAGAGGUAACCAAAUCAAUGCAAUGUGGACCUGUCAUGCCAAAAGUCGGGCAAAGUCUUGCCAAAGUAUGUUUUUGUCCACCAUCUUAAUUUAAAAUGGCACCCAGCAGCGCAAUAUUGACAAAAAAAAAACCCUGCCUCCAUCUCAUGCCAAGUUUGCAAUUGGUGCAGUUUGGACCUAUCAUGCCAUGUCGAAAUUCGGGCAAAGUCACUCCAGGCCAUAUAUUGAACUGCCAUCUUGAUUCAGAAUGGCAGCUGGUAUCCUAGCAUUGGCGAAAACCACUGUGCCUACCUUGGGAACCCUCAUGCCAAGUUUGGUAACAACAGUUCAAGAGGCCUCUGAAAAACACAGGGCAAACCAUUUUCCAACAUAUAUAGUAGACACGGCAUGUAAACUGCUGCUUAUCUUCCUGAGAUUUUAUGAACUGGUUCAACAUCUCUCUAUAGUAAUAAGUUCAAUUAUUUUCAGGAGUAUAAUGGCUUCAAAAUAUAUGACUUUGAUGGAAUUGUGCAACAUGAAAGACACAUCAAAAUUUCUAUUUCCCAUGAAAGGAACUACAUUAGGUGCUCCUGUGUGCAUUGGUUCAGAUAAUAAGUGUGUCUGAAAUGUAUUGAAUCAGUGGCUGAGAAACUUUUCAUUAAGAGCACAUUUCCAAUUCACUGAUCCCUUGAGAACAGCGUUAAAAGUGUUAGUAGCACAGCCCCACUCCCCUCAAAAAGGAAUCCCAUUUUCUUCUAAUGGCCAGGUGAAAACUCAAGGCCUCAUCCUCAUUUGGUAUAAACCAGGACAAUAUGACUUGAAUGUCUAAUUUUGAGACAUCCCAGAAAAAAUGACCUGAGUCAGUGGGAAAGGAUGAUGGAAACCAACAGGCUAUUGUUUACAGAGAUUGGAAAGUAAAGAAAGUACUAUUGAUUCUCAGCCACAAACUGGCAAAUAAUGGAUAAAUUAACAACACAAGGGCAUUCUAAAAACCAUGUGUUGCUUCUCCAACAUUCUGGUAGUGUUUUAUUUUCAUUUUGAUCUCUGCCCCUUACUCUGUUUUCUAUACACCUUUUGAAUAAACUGCUUAAUUGGAUUUCUGGGCUGUACUGGUUUCUGGGCACCCUCAAGGGGUGGUUGAACACACAUGCAUGUAUGGUUGCUGUGAACCAUUUGGCCUAUGUUACUGGAUUUAAAUGUGCCUGAGACAUCUGGAGGGGAGACAGGCUGAAGUAGCCAAGUAGGCAGUGGAAAUAUACUCAGAGUCGAGUGUGAAUUUCAUGCUCUUUAGCAUUUCAGCUCAUAGUAGCAAUGAAUGAAAUUUUCCCCAAAACGUCUAGCUAUAUAUAUACAUUAUUUACACAAUGAGCCCCGCGUGAUUGGCUGAUUCCGGGCUGCUCCUGUAGGCCAGUCAGGUUGCAGAUUCACCUCCUCCAGAAGCCUGAUUGGCUGCUCCUGCAGGCCAAUCAGGUCACUGAUUCACUUCUACCUGGAGCUGGAUUGGGUGGCUCCUGCAGACCAAUCAGACUGCUGCAUUCUGGAUCCUAUUCUAGGAUUCAGCUCAGUACAUAACAGCAGCCAUGCUCAUAAGCAGUGGCGUAGCGUGGGUUGUCAGCACCCGGGGCAAGGCAAGUAAUUUGCGCCACCUAACCCGUGGAUUUUAGCACUCAAGUCUCUUCCACUAGAUUAGUUAAAGAAACCCUUACCCCCUAAGCACAUGUAUUGUUUGUUAUGAAAAUACUGAUGUAAUUAAAGUAAAAUGCAUCUAAAUACAAGUUUAUUUUCAAACACUUUAUUGAGUGCGAACAUGCAUUACACAUUCUCCACAUUUUCAGCAGGUCUAUGAAUACAAAUCUACAAAUGUAGUAACCUAGCAUGG